AUCUGUGAUGACGUCAAAGAUUGCUGACUCAGAGGUUGUUUUGGAGGAAAUGACAAGAGAUUGAAAAGAAAAAGAAAUAGGCCCUCUUCAAGUAAACCUACAGGGAUUCCUCUUGCUUAAUAAUUUAUCUUACUUUGGAAACACAGGUGGCUUACCUACUAGUAUUGAAAGUAUAUAUUGCAUAUAAUUAAACAGACGUGCGUUCUGACAGCAACGUUACCACACCACUAGCUAGCUAACGAACGUUAGGUUGUUGGGUGGGGGUGGAGACAGACAAAAUUGAAGUUGUCUGUUUUUCAUCUACUAAAACGAAAGGCCCAUUUGAACAUUCUUUAAUAUUCCUUCCCUGUGUUUGGGUUGAUCAAGCUGUGGCACAAUGACGUCUAGGAAGAAAGUACUACUCAAAGUCAUCAUCCUGGGAGACUCUGGAGUUGGGAAGACGUCGCUGAUGAACCAGUAUGUGAAUAAGAAGUUCAGUAACCAGUACAAAGCCACAAUAGGAGCUGAUUUCCUAACGAAAGAAGUGAUGGUGGAUGACAGACUUGUCACCAUGCAGAUCUGGGACACUGCAGGGCAGGAGAGGUUCCAGUCUCUAGGUGUAGCGUUCUACCGCGGGGCAGACUGCUGUGUGCUGGUGUUUGACGUGACCGCCCCCAACACCUUUAAGACGCUAGACAGCUGGAGGGACGAGUUCCUUAUACAGGCCAGCCCUCGAGAUCCCGAGAACUUCCCCUUUGUGGUGCUAGGCAACAAGAUUGACUUGGAGAACAGACAGGUGACGACCAAACGAGCACAGGCGUGGUGUCAGAGCAAGAACAACAUCCCCUACUUCGAGACCAGCGCUAAGGAGGCCAUCAACGUUGAACAGGCUUUCCAGACUAUCGCACGCAAUGCUCUUAAACAGGAGACAGAGGUGGAGUUGUACAAUGAGUUUCCUGAACCAAUAAAGCUGGACAGGAACGAACGGGCCAAGCCAUCAGCGGAGGCCUGCAGCUGCUGAGGACCUAAGAGACCUACAGGGGACAACUGUUGGCCCUGCUACUCUGUCUUGCCUUGUCUACCCUUUAUCCCCCAUGCCCCUGUGUGCUCUCCUCUGCCCAAUAUCAUCACUGGCCUUCGUAGAUGCAAGCAGAGUUCCGCUCGUAAAGUAUACUUUACACACACACACACACACUGUACUCAUCCCUGUGUACACAUCACACAUUUACUCUCAAGAUGAGUCUCCAAGCCCAAAGAACACCCAGAUGGAUAUUAGAGCAUUUAACAGCAUACCUGCUUAUUAUUUCCCCUUAACCUUUUUAGAUGCCAUUGUUUCCAUGGCACCAGCCUCAUAACAUUUUAUAAGGGGAGUUAGAUAUAGUUCACUCCCAAAGUUCCAGUGGUGAAGGAUCAGAUUGAGUAAUUUAUAUCAAUGGUGUGUGGGGGUUAUACCAAUGUACUGCCUGAAGAUACAUGUGUUAAUUGGAUUGGAUGUGAACUAGCAAAUCCAACAUACAAGUGUGUUGAAGGCAUUUUUUGCACUUUGUUGUCAUGUAGGCUUAUUCAAACCCUAUUUGACACCUUAUUUUGGAGCCACAAUAAACACUUUAUUUUAUUUUUAUUUUUUUUAGCUCAAGGCAGAAGAGGCAAUAUGGAUUUUAACUCUGCUCCCCAACUUCCAUGAUGUCCUCAACUGCCCUACACAUUGUUUCUCAAUGGGGGAAAAGUCAGGCAGCAAAUUAUUUUGUCAACAUUGAGACCUGACACUGGGUAGAGAAUCAAACCAAGGGAGAUAUAUUUUCAGUAGAAAUAUCUCUUUACUAUUAUUAGGUAUUACCCGUCUUCUUUUUACACUGUCAACUAUUACAAACCUUUGUCAAUUGUUUAUAGGGGAAAAAAGUCUUGUCAGUUACUCGCUCUGCCUAUAGCUCAGGUUGGCAAAUUAUUUAAGUGCUUGAUUUUUUUUUUACCGAUCAGAUAUUUUGUCUGUUCGCAUAUUAUGUUUAGAAUUUGAAUUGCAUCAGAGGACAUAUGGGGGAAAUGUGUUAGCAUUAAUCAAGUUAAUGAAAUGAUUAAUGCACUUAAUCUACAUUGUUUAAAAAUGUCUUUGGGUUUCAGGUAAUAAUAAUGGUUAUUGAAUAAAGAAUCUGUGUGUGUUACUGCAAGUAGAACAGGUAGUUAAAGCACAGUAGGUUACUAUCAUGGCUCUCAUACACACAGCUGUUGAAAGAAAGAGUUUACUAAAAUCUAUAGUAUACAUUGAAAUGUGUCAUUUUGCAUGGGGGCACUCACUUGGUAUUUGUAUUCAGUCCACUACUUGUACCGAAAUAUAAAAAUUGGUCACUUGUGAAAGUUGACAGAACACGGGACCAUCGAAA